CAAAUCAGUUUACUUUUUGCUCUACAGCGGCCCAUACACGGUUUAAACGCAUUUCUAAACAUGGAUUUCUAUUAUAUGCCGGGUGGAAGUGGUUCCCGUGUCGUCAUCAUGACAGCCAAGGCACUGGGAGUGGAGUUGAACAAGAAGCUUUUGAACACCAUGAAGGGGGAGCAACUUACGCCUGAGUUCAUUAAGAUCAACCCGCAGCACACCAUUCCCACUCUGGUGGACAACGGAUUCGCCAUUUGGGAGUCGCGUGCCAUUGCCACCUACCUGGUGGAGAAGUACGGCAAGGACGAUUCCCUCUACCCCAAGGAUCCCCAGAAGCGAGCUGUUAUCAAUCAGCGUCUCUAUUUCGACUUGAGCACCCUCUACGAUUCAUUUGCCAAAUAUUAUUACCCAUAUUUCCACACCGGCAAGCCCGGCGACGCUGAGGCAUUGAAGAAGGUAGAAACCUCCUUUGAAUUCCUCAACACCUUCCUGGAGGGACAGACAUAUGUGGCUGGCAGCCAGCUGACCGUUGCCGACAUUGCCAUCGUGGCGACUGUCUCGACAUUCGAUAUUGUUGAAUUCGAUCUGACGAAGUAUCCGAAUGUGGCCAGGUGGUACGCGAAUGCCAAGAAGGUGACACCCGGCUGGGAUGAGAACUGGGAGGGCUUGCAGCAGCUGAAGAAGAUUAUCGAGGAAAUGACUUUCAACAUGGAUCUCUACUACUUGCCCUAUCCUGGGCCCAGUCGGGCUGUACUCAUGACAGCCAAGGCUGUGGGUGUGGAAUUGAAUAAGAAACUUCUGAACUACAAACUGGGCGAGAACUUGACGCCGGAAUUCUUGAAAAUAAACCCACAACACACUAUACCCACCCUUGUUGACGACGGAUUUGCCAUUUGGGAGUCGCGUGCCAUCCUCAUUUAUCUGGCGGAGAAGUACGGCAAGGAUGACUCUCUCUACCCCAAGGAUCCUCAAAAACAGGCCUUGAUUAACCAGCGCCUCUACUUCGAUAUGAACACGUUACACGAGGCAAAGGCCGCACUUUUCCGAACUGGAAAUUGCGGCGACGGUGCAGCUUGGACGAAAUUGCAAAAUGCUUUUGAGCUGCUCAACACCUUCCUGGAGGGUCAGGCAUAUGUGGCUGGCAGCCAGCUAACCAUUGCUGACAUUUCCAUUCUGGCCACCAUAUCCACGUUCGAGCUGGUUGAUAUCGACUUGAAGAAGUAUCCGAAUGUGGCCAGGUGGUACGCAAAUGCCAAGAAGGUAACGCCCGGCUGGGAGGAAAACCUGGAAGGUUUACUCUCAAGGAAACAAUUGUUUGAGGAAAUAAAGCCAGAAUUUAAGAAAAACUUUUAAUUUUAAGUGUUUCGA